UUUAAGGAAGUUGCUCAAUAUUGGAAAGUUUACACAUUGUACCAAACCGUGAGCAAAAUGUUUGAUAUUGUCUUUUAUUUCAUGGGUUUAACGGCGGAUAAUUAACACCCAGAGCGGCGUUGUAAGUUGCACACCAUGUUAGAAUAACUGUCCAACAGGUUGUGUCAUUAUUUCUGUCGUAGGAUGAAUAACUUAAUAACUUCCGCUACUUACAUCCGAAACCUCAGUUAUAGUUUGCGUCGCAAGUUGUCCGACUUUUUGGAUCCCCAGGACAGGUGGAAAGAUGUUAUUGUGUCGAUACGGAAGCCGAGUGGGGAGUUGGGGUACUCACAGCAUCAUGUCAGGAGAUUUGAAAGGCUUGUGGCACAGGGGGAAAGUCCCACGGUGGCUCUGCUGGCUGACUGGGGGACCACCAACAGUACAGUGGGUGAACUGGUGGACAUUUUGAAGAGUCACAAGUUACUGGCUGCUGCUAAUAUCCUGCUACCUGAUUUAAAACAAAACGACACAGUGGAAGAGGAUGUUUUACCAGAGAUACAGCAGGCCUCUCCAGCAGUACAAACGAACAGCGCUGCUCCUACUAGACUCCUGGAAGACACAGAGACACGGCCACCAGCUGAGAGCUCUGUUCUGCAGACACAGAUGCUGGAGAGCAGUGAACCAGAACACACAGGUGUCUCCAGUUUCCUCUACAAUGAGCUGAUGAAGAUCACAGGCAAUUUUGAUGACCGGCCAAUAUCAGACGGCGGCAGCAGACUGGGAGAGGGAGGCUUUGGCACUGUGUACAAAGGUCUCCUAAAUGACAAACCCGUUGCUGUGAAAAAGCUCAAUCCUAUGGAGGACAUCUCCCUGGAAGAGCUGCAAGUUCAGUUCAACCAAGAGAUCCAGACUCUGAAAGUGCUGAAACAUGAAAACCUGGUUGACAUGGUUGGAUUUUCCUCUGAUGGUCAGCACCCGUGUUUGGUGUAUCCCCUCAUGGUCAACGGUUCUUUGCUAGACCGAAUCGCUUGCUUGGAUGAAAGCCCUCCUCUGUACUGGCGGCAGAGAUGCUUGAUAGCUGAAGGGACAGCGAGAGGCUUGGAGUAUCUGCACAGCAACCAUCAUGUCCACAGAGACGUUAAAAGUGCAAAUAUCCUCUUAGAUGAAACAUUUGUGGCUAAGAUCUCAGACUUUGGGCUGACGAGGGCAUCGGCCAAGCGGUCGUCAACAACCAUGAUGACGGAGAGGAUUGUGGGAACCCGUGCAUACAUGGCACCUGAAGCGCUAAGAGGGCAGAUCACAUCAAAGUCUGACGUCUUCAGCUUUGGAGUGGUGUUGUUGGAAAUAUUGUCUGGACUCUCGCCAGCCGAUGAAAACCGCGAGCCACAGUUCUUGAUGGAGGUGAAGGAUGAUAUUGAUGAUGAAGAGGAAGAUCUGACUUUGGAGGAGUUCCUGGACAAAAAGAUGAGCGAUUGGGAGAUGAGCCAGGUGGAGAGUGUGUACUCUCUGGCCUGUAACUGCCUCCUCGACAGGAAAAACAGACGGCCAGUCAUCAAACAGGUCCUGUUGGAACUGAAAGGAGUUGUCAAAAGCAUUUCACUGGAUUUUAGAGCACAGGAUUGAAGCACAGCAUCCCAGAAAAGAUCCAAGAUUUAUGAGCCUUCUCACGUCACCGGGCGCAGAAUAAAUGUUACGUGUUGACUGUGACUGACAAAAAGUGUUGUAUACAGAACACAAUACUCAAAUAAGAAUUCAGUAAUAAAUGGCAUUUUUGUAUUUUAUUAUGAAUGAUUUACUAUAUUUCUAAGAAGUAGCUUGAUUUACUUUUUUUCUACAGCAUUUUAUGAGAUUGUUUUGCCACGUUUGAUAUUUGAAUGUCUUAAAAAUACUGAAAGUGUCUGUUACGAUUACAGUGUCCACAUAAUGUAUUUAUUGUAAAAAGAAUAAAAGGAAACAGAAAAUGUGUGAUUUAAA